AGCCAGGGGCUUGUCGUUGGUGCCGCUGACGGACAUGAUGGGAACCAGCCAGCGGCAACCGAAUUUUUUGCGCUUCCGUUCGGACUCGAGGCCCUGGCUUCCCCAGCGCCAGCCGCGACAGCCCCCCAGGCAGCCCCGCAACCAGUCCCGACCAUGGCGAGGCGCUGCGCCAGCGCCGCCCCGGCGCUCGCACUGCUCGCCUGCCUCGCGCUGGCGAUGGCGCCCCACGCCGUUGACUUCCUGGCGCCGCCCUCCCGCGCCGCCCCCGCGGCGGAGGGGACUUCGCUCGCCCGCGGCCGCGCCGCGCAGCAGCGCUCCGCCGACGUCGCCGCGGCCUCGGGCGGGCAGCCGCCGGCGCCCGGCAAGAUCAACCUGCUGUUCCUCGGCCUGCUGGCGGGCACCGCCGUCAUCGGGCUGCUGGCGCUCUUCGGCUACGGCGCCUACUCGGGCGCGGGCAGCUCGCUGUGA